UCAAAGCGCUGUGCAUCGUACCAGUCGACGGUCGCUUUUUUUGUUUUCGUGUUGCGAGGUGGAUAUGUCAAAUACGACGUUAACGGUGGUGGCAUCGUCUCCAGUUUGACGUCCAGAUUUAGUCUGAUCGGAAAGCGCGAUCUCGCACGAUCGAGAGAUCUCGAGACAGAUCGUGCACGCCUUAAUGAUCGUUAUGAAUUAUUAAUAGAGUCCGAAGUGAGAAGGAGAGUGAGAGGGCAGGAAAGGAAGGAGUGAGAGAGAGAGAGAGAGAGAAAGAGAGAGAAAGAGAGUGAGUGAGUGUAUGUGUGUGGUGGUCGUAAAAGUUGCUCGAACAACUGCGACAUGGCAUCUCGCAGGUGAGGCACGUUUCGUCGCGUGAGUGAAAAGAUUCGCGUAAUUUUACAGCCGCGAGAUGGUUUCAUCCCAAUAUCACUGGUUUAGAAGCAGAACGUCUUUUAGUGGAACGUGGAUAUGAUAGUUCAUUUUUAGCACGACCGAGCUGUUCGAAUCCUGGCGAUUUUACUUUGUCAGUCAGGAGACUUCUAUGAUCUAUACGGUGGUGAGAAAUUUGCCACACUUUCUGAACUGGUUCAGUUUUACAUGGAAAACGAUGGACAAUUGCGCGAGAAAAAUGGUGAAAUUAUCGAGCUCAAAUAUCCUCUCAAUUGUGCUGAUCCCACAACUGAAAGGUGGUUUCAUGGCCAUUUGUCAGCAAAAGAGGCAGAAGGAUUAAUGUUAGAACGUGGGAAAAAUGGUUCCUUUUUAGUGCGUGAGUCUCAAAGCAAACCAGGUGAUUUUGUGUUGUCUGUACGUACAGAUGAUCGUGUUACACAUGUUAUGAUACGAUUUCAGGAUAACAAAUAUGAUGUAGGUGGUGGUGACAAGUUUGACAGUCUCAGUGACUUGAUAGAACAUUACAAAAAGAAUCCCAUGGUUGAAACAAGCGGAAGUGUCGUUCACCUUAGGCAGCCUUUCAACGCCACUCGUAUUAACGCUUGUGAUAUUGAGAGCAGAGUUAGACAGUUACAUAAAGAAAACGGAUGUUCUAAUGGUUGGCUGUGUUGGAACGGAGCUAUUGGAAAUAACGAGACCGGCGUGGGUCGUGGUAAGGGAAAGGCCGGUUUUUGGGAAGAAUUCGAAUCGUUGCAGCAACUAGAGUGCCGGCAUUUAUUCUCGAGAAAAGAAGGUUUACGUCCAGAAAAUCGUUCAAAAAAUCGUUACAAGAACAUUUUACCGUUUGACCACACUAGGGUGCGAUUAAAAGACGUGGAUCCAAAUGUUCCCGGAGCUGACUAUAUUAAUGCCAAUUACAUAAAAAACGAGGAAGGUGAUGGAACGAGUAUCGUUGGUGGUGUUAGUGGCGACGCUACGUCAUUCAGUAAAUUUUAUAUAGCUACGCAAGGUUGCCUUCCAAAUACCAUACAAGAUUUUUGGCAUAUGGUUUAUCAAGAAAACACCCGCGUUAUCGUCAUGACCACAAAAGAAAUAGAAAGAGGAAAGAACAAAUGCGCUCGUUAUUGGCCGGAAGAAGGAGAAACUACUGAAUAUGGUAAUGAAUGGAAAGUACGUGCUGUAUCGCGAACCUCGACCGCUGAUUACACUCUACGCGAAUUUCUCCUGCAAGGAACCAAACCAAAUUUUUCCAAAUCCAGGAGAAUUUAUCACUAUCACUUUCAAGCUUGGCCUGAUCAUGGUGUUCCGUCAGAUCCCGGCUGUGUGCUAAACUUUUUACACGACGUGAACGCCAGACAGGAAUCGAUUGCCAGACAAGAAACGCUCGCGGCGACCAUUUCAAAGAAAAACGAAUCCUGCAUAGGACCCAUUCUUGUUCACUGCAGCGCAGGAAUCGGCAGAACCGGCACAUUUAUUGCAAUCGAUAUGAUUUUAGAUCAAAUUAAGCAUUACGGACUCAACUGUGAGAUCGACAUUCAACGCUCGAUACAGCGAAUACGUUCACAAAGGUCGGGAAUGGUCCAAACAGAAGCGCAAUAUAAAUUCGUCUAUCUUGCCGUUCUGCAUUAUAUCGAAACUAUUCAUCAUCGAAUGCAAGCGGAACAGAAAUCACUUCAGUUAGGCAGAGAGUACACAAACAUACGUUAUAAGAGCGAGACAAACUCUUCCGCUAUUGUCAACGCCAUCACAGGCGAAACCUCCACGUGUUCCACACCGACGACCCUUCCGACGUUAUCAUCGCCUACCAACAAACCUAUAAGUUUGAGGUCAAAAUAAAUUUUUGUUAGGUUCAAAUUAAUGAUUCCGCGCGUACAUUUUGGUAAAGCAAAAAAGAGGCUUUUUUACAUUCUCGUUUCUCUCUCUCUCUCUCUCUCUCUCUCUCUCUCUCUCUCUCUCUCUCUUUCUCUCCCUUUCUCUCUAUUCAUUUAUCUAUUUCUAUCUCAAUCUCUGUACCUCUCUCAUCUCAUUUCUCUGUGUCUCUCAUAGGUGAUACAAAACAUACCCCCGUAACCACCAUCACGCAAUAGGACGACAUACACUACGUUUAUAGCAGUUUACUCGCCGACGAAAAAUAGAGUUUCGUCAUAUCUCUCUUGUUAAAUAUGCUUUUUAUCGAAUUUACAUAUUAAGUUUUUUUUUUUUAAUUAGCCGGAUCGUGUGAGUUAUUCAUACAUA